AUGAAAAUUAUGACACCAUCUGUUAUAUCGGCGCUUGAUAGAACAAAAACCACAGAUAGAAACGCAUGGCAUAUUUUUGUUGCCGUUGCUUCCGCUAUCGGGCUGAACAUAAAUCAAAUCCCUAGUCAUAGUACAAUUCGUCGUCAUCGUAUAGAGGGACGAGAACGAAUUGCCAAAGAUCUAAAAGAAGAUUUACAAACUGCUCGUAGCCUUGUCGUUCACUGGGACGGUAAAAUGCUACCUGAUAUUGUUGGCAACAAAAAAGUAGAUAGGCUUCCGAUCUUAAUAUCUGGUUUCAAUACUAGGCAGAUAUUAGGAGUACCUAAACUGAAAGAGUCGACGGGAGUAAGUCAAGCAUUAAUUAUUGCUGAAACAUUGAACGAGUGGAAUGUUACUGACCGAGUCAAACCAAUGUGUUUAAAUAAACCUACUGUAAACACAGCUAAUACUAUGAGUGAUAAAAAUCCACCAAUAAAAUUGGUUGAUUUCGAUGAUAGUGAUUCUUCUUCAAGUAAUAAUGAGAAAUUCCAAGCAAAAAAUAAUACGCAAGAGACCAAACAAAUUCUAGAACUAGAGAAACGUAUGCAUUCUGAUAAUUCACACUUUUCAGGACAUGCUGGUAGUAGUAAAGGUUCCGAUUUUGAUUUUUAUAGUGAUAUAAAUAAUAGUGAAAUAGAUUUGGUAGGAGAAGGUGGGUUGAGAAAAAAACGAAAGCCAAAUAAUACAAAUAUGGAAAGACUCGGUAUGGCAGAAAAUGAUUUUUUUAUAAAGAAGCUGCUUAGAUAUUUAGAUUUUAGCAACACACAGGGGGUUUCAUAA